AUGUCAAGAUUACGGAACACAGGCAUAGAGAACGGUAACAGAAAGGAACAAUACGAAGGAGCAGUGUGGUGGAACAAUACAGGCGGCGGGGGGUUAUUGUGUGUGGCGGGGUCUCCUGGCGAGUACCACUUCGUACACAAUGCCCUGCCCCACGCCCGCACCAAGCGCAGUGUGCCUCACACCCGCCAGCUCAAGGCAGAUUCACGCGUUCACUCGGCGUACCAGCAGGCCGGGUUCAAGCGGGUGAAGCGCGGGUACAAGCCACUCAAGGUGGAGAACUUGGUGCCUCUCCACACCAUUCAGAGUCAUCAGGACCCCACCGACCCCUAUUUCCACUACCAGUGGUAUCUGAAAAACACUGGUCAGAAUGGCGGGAAACCUCGCCUGGACCUCAAUGUGGAGGCUGCCUGGGCUCAGGGCUUCACCGGCCGCAACGUCACCACCGCCAUCAUGGACGAUGGCAUCGACUACAUGCACCCAGACCUCCGCAAUAACUAUAACGCUCGAGCCAGUUGGGAUUUCAGCAGCAACGAUCCUUUCCCAUUUCCUCGCUACACUGAUGAUUGGUUCAACAGCCAUGGGACGCGGUGUGCUGGGGAAGUCUCAGCCGCACGGGACAACGGUGUGUGUGGGGUUGGCGUUGCCUAUAACUCCUUGGUUGCAGGUAUCCGAAUGCUUGAUCAGCCCUACAUGACAGAUCUAAUUGAAGCCAACAGUAUGGGGCGGGAACCCAACCUGAUUCACAUCUACUCAGCUUCAUGGGGACCCACUGAUGACGGCAAGACGGUAGAUGGGCCCAGGAACGCCACUAUGAAGGCCAUUGUCAGAGGCGUCAAUGAGGGUCGCAAUGGAUUGGGCAACAUCUAUGUGUGGGCCAGCGGGGAUGGCGGUGAGGAUGACGAUUGUAACUGUGACGGAUAUGCAGCCUCCAUGUGGACCAUCUCCAUCAACUCGGCCAUCAAUGACGGCUCUAAUGCUCACUAUGACGAGUCCUGCUCAUCUACACUUGCCUCCACCUUCAGUAACGGAGCCAAAGACCCAAGCACUGGUGUGGCUACUACAGAUCUGUAUGGCAAGUGCACCAAGACUCACUCUGGCACCUCUGCUGCUGCACCAGAAGCUGCAGGAGUCUUUGCUCUUGCCCUGGAGGCUAACCCCAGCUUAACCUGGCGAGACAUACAACACCUGACAGUCCUCACUAGUAAGCGUAACUCACUGUACGAUGCCAAGCGUAGGUUCUCGUGGCAUAUGAAUGGAGUUGGGUUGGAGUAUAAUCAUCUGUUUGGGUUUGGAGUAUUGGAUGCAGGUGCCAUGGUCGCUCUGGCCCGAGACUGGGUAACUGUCCCUCCUCGCUACCACUGCCAGGCCGGUGUCUAUCACACAUCCAAAAUGAUAUCGGUCAACAAAUCAGUGGUGUUGGAGAUAGAGACAGAUGCAUGUACUGGUACAGACACUGAAGUCAAUUACCUUGAGCAUGUCCAGGCAGUCAUCACCCUUAAUGCAACCAGGCGUGGAGAUGUUGAGCUCUUCCUCAUGUCUCCAAUGGGAACAAAAUCAAUGAUCCUAAGUAAGCGCCCAAAUGAUGAUGAUGGCCGAGAUGGUUUCACAAAAUGGCCAUUCAUGACAACUCAUACCUGGGCUGAAAACCCCAGGGGUACUUGGAGGUUGGAAGCUCGCAUCAACAGUGUGGGACCCGAUGAAGGAUGGAUCAAGGAGUGGACACUCAUGCUUCAUGGAACUCGAGAGGCACCAUACGACCAUCUUCCAGUCAAGGACCCUCACUCAAAAUUGGCUAUAGUCAAGAAGGCUCAUGAAGAUAAGAAGAAGAUGUAGGUAACAAAGGUUCACUUAAACUAAAAAUGAGAACCAAUUAACAUGUUGAAAAAAAAUUUGGUUAUUAAAAAACACUGUAGUACAAUAUCUAGUUCUAACAUGGAUAGAAGUAAUAUAUAUAACUGCAAGUACAAUUACAUCUAAAACCUUGCAGUUAAAACAGCCCUGAUGAAUAAUAAAUGCAACCACAGUGAUUUCCAUGCGGUAUGAAAUGUGUUGGAGCAGAUUUGAGUUUCCUAAUGGGAAAGUAACAACUCCCCGCAACCCUAGUUGUGUCUGGCCCCACUGAAUUAGAUCCCAGCCCUACUCCAGUGGAGCCCCCACUAGCCUGGGAAUUGUUAUUUGUGCCAUCUGUACCAACUAUUUUUUUUCUUUUAUUCUUUCAAAAGUCGUGUAUCAGACACCCUAAUCCUGUCAAACCCUAGGAUCAGAUUUCUGGAUCCUAUAUAUAUAUAUAUAUAUAUCAACAAGUGUUAGGAUAUUGUACUAUCAUAGAAACAGAGGUUGAAAUUCUGUAAUAUUUUAAAAACCUAUAAUUACAUACUCUCAUAUAGGACAUUCCUUGUCAAAUCAUCACACCCAUCCGUCAUGACAGUCUCCGUUUUUCUUGAAAUUUGGUAGUUUUCUUGCCUACCAAGAGAGUUCACCUUCCUACUUAUAAGCUUCAUAGAAGCUAAAAUUUGGGCUGUUGGGCCUGUUCAUUAAAGUGAACAAAUCUACCAAGUUUAAAGAAAUUUUAAGAUUUUUAAUGUCAAAUACUGCAGUUUAGUGUGGUAAUCAGAUAGGGAAUGACCCAUAUAGUAUAGAAAAGUUAAUGGUUAGAAUUAUAAAAUAUAGGAAUCUUCAACUGUUUUCCCAGUGUAGGAGUGUUUAACAGGCUCUCUUUCUGAAAUCACUGUAUAUUUACUUUCAGAGUAUAACCAGGUUCUGUAACUAGCAUCAGUGUGUGUAAGAUUUGUUUUUAGAGCAUUUUUUAAGUUCAGACAUAUGCUUGUGAUUUUCUCCCAGCAAAUAAAUUAACACUCAAGUUUUAUACUCAAGUCCUUCUACCACUAAGUUGCAUGAACAUUCAGCACUUGCAUAUUAUAAGAAAUUUUUUAUAACUCAUGAUUAUAAAAUUUCUUCAAUGCAAAUCACAAAGUAAUGGUUAACUAUGAAAUAAUUACCAUCCACAAGCUUAAUUAUUGCAAUACUUCAAAACAACCAUUGUAAUGAAUAUGAAACAAUAACUUGGGUAGCUCUUCAGACGAAACGAAUGAGGGUGACAAGAGUGUGUAGCUGUGACUGCGCUAAUGUUGACAUAUUAGGCUAGUCUCUGUGGUCCCAUGAAAUUUUCUUGUCAAUGUCUCCAAUGGUGUUUAUGUUAUAAUAUAUCUUGCUGCCAUCCCGUAGUCCCUUGAACCUAGUAAUAUCUAUUCAUGUGACCUCAUUUACCUUUGUGAGCCAUAGAUGACCUACUGACACCUUUCAUAUUAAUAUUCUCAGUAAGAAUUAUGUUAAAAAAGAUUAAAUUCUCUAUGUCUCAAACUGGUUGAUUGCCUCACACGUACUCUUUUUCUCCUGUAGUCUACUGCAUCCUCCUGUAUAAUCAAGGCCCACAUCUAUCCCUCUCAGUCUGGUGGUGAAAUAGUUAGUACAGUAUAAAAAAUAAAAAACAUGCAAGACCUAUACAGUAUAUAUUUGGAGGAACAACCUCUUUGUUAUGUGCAUGAACAAUUUUACUCCUAACACUCUUCUCAGGCUCUUAGUAUUGUUCAACCAGAUAAAUUGAUCCAAUUAUUUUGCAGGUGCAGUAUAUACACAGAAAUUAUGUUCAAAGAUGGAAGAUAGGUUACUAUAUAUAUUUCCUUAAGACCACAUAUACUGUACUGUAUUAUGGUUCAUGCACAUUGUCCUCCUUGUAAUUCAAUCUUGGCAUAAUUCUAUUGAUUUUCUUAAAUUAUCUUAUACAGGAAAAUUAUUUCUCUAUUCUCCAUGAAAUUUUAAUUUUCUUUCUUCAUUUAAUCAGCAGCAUCUGUGUUCAUGCCAAGUAACUAUAAUAAUAGAUGAAUAAGAGAAGACUAAGAAUACAACUCUAAAUACCCUGUACAUACACAUGAAGGAAAGCAGAAAAGGUUAAUAGUUUAGAAAAGAAAAGUUAAUCCUGGCUAUAAUGUUUCAAAAUAUAAGUGAAUCACCAUGGCAAUGCAAGAAAUAAUUAACUACAAUUAUUUCAUUUUGAAAGAUGGCCUAUAAUAAAAAAGCAGUACAGGUAUGUACUUGCAUAUAAGUUUUAGGAAUACAAGUCCACAUGCAACACCAGUUGAGAGGAAAAUUUAGAAAUUGGCUAAGGCAGUCUGUAAAGAAAAUAAAAUAUAUAAGAGCUGAACUUGAUAAGUUGUUUAAAUCCAUUACUGAAGAAGGAACAAUAUUUGAGAGUCUGUGAAGAGUGGAUGUAUCACUCUGAGGAACCUCACUCGUUGGCCCUAGUAAAGCCCAUUCAGUGCUACCUCUAGUCACCCUCUUAUAUCAGUAUUUUCACAAUACUUGUCCGAUAUUAUCCUUCAUUUCUACAUUCACAAGAAAAGGGAAUUUUUGAAAUAAGAAUAUAUCUAGGGCUUUUUACAUAUAUUUUUUCAGAUCUAAUGCCAAUCAGGGAGGCUUCUCAGAGUUCUAAGAAAGGAUGCACACUCCUUCAUGCAUAACAGUGGGCUGUGUUUGGCUAGAGCAUCUCAGACUGGACCUCAGCACCUCCUUGUAGUAUAGGGGUAGUUACAAGAUGUUUUAGGACCUUUAUUGUCAUCUGAAUCAGAAGUGAAUUCAAUCAGACCUGAUGAUCAUUACUGCUGAUAAAAUAAUAAUAAUACCAUACUGAAUGCUACAAGAAUGGUAACUGCAUACAAAUGUAAGUCCGAGUAUAACCAAUCUCCAAAAAUGACACAAGGACAAGAAGUGUGCUUUUGCCAUCAGCAGGGAUGAGGUACCAGGCAGUAGUUACAAAUGAGUGUGUACUGCAAUCUGUUGUAGGACACAGACACUUCAGAUGUACAAAGCCAGAAGCACAACCCUAAGUAUUAUUACUGAGUAUGACCUGACAUCAUCACAUAGCAUCUCUUAACUUCAGUCCUACCCAAAUACAGCCCUCUUUUAUAAUGAAAAUGUUAAGUUGUAAGCAUGCCAUGAAUUACAUUAUAAUUGAUACAAGCUUCAUCAUGUGGUCUCUGUACCUAGUGUAUCCUUAAAUAAGUUUGCUAUAUCAUAUGAAGUACUUGCACGAGAUUAUAGUUUGUUUUGCAGAACUAAUAGAAAUAUUUGAAGCUACCCAUUGAUGUUAAUGAUAUAUGUCUACCUAUAAAUCUUUGCAUAAUUUUCAGUGGCUGUGAUAUACAAUCUAACUCUUCUGAGCAAGAUUCAAUACAGCCAUUUUCCUUGUUUGCAAAUAAGAAACAAUAUUCUAAAUACGAAUUAAAAAUCCUAUAUACCUGUAUUAGUAAAAACGAAAAUUAAGAUUCAGUCCAAACGAUUAGCUGUUAAUCCUCUACAUUUAUCUCCCAAUGUGUAAUGUACGUACUGCAAUUACUUUUUUAUUUCCAAACCAGCCAGAGACUGAGUGAUAAAGAAAGUAAUAGUACACAAAGUUUAUUUUGACCAUGGUAUAGCUAAAGAAUAGGAACAGCUGAGCUUGUAUCUAUGUCAAGAGAUGUAUUUUCAAUGUAUCAACAUGGAAAAGGAAGAAACAAUGAAAUUAUUUGGCCUUCCA